AUAAUUUUCAACACUUCAGAUAAAUUGUAUGAGAAGCGGAAAGUGGCUGCAUUAGAGAUUGAGAGAUCCGUCAAAGAAUUUUACAGUAACAACGAUAACAUUCAUUUACAAAAGAUUCUUAAUAUUUUGUGUGAUUUGACGUUAUCUCAAAAUCCCAACAACAGGAAAGGUGGAUUGAUAGGACUUGCUGCUUUUUCUAUUGCUCUUGGAAAGGAGACGGCACCUUUUGUAAAUGAUUUGGUGAAACCAGCAUUGAGCUGUUUUUAUGACCCAGACAGCCGUGUGAGAUAUUAUGGGUGCGAAUCCUUAUAUAAUAUUAUCAAAGUUUCCAGAGUUUCUGUUUUGCCUCUUUUCAAUGACAUUUUUGAUGGCCUAAACAAACUCUCAACAGAUCCUGACCAGAAUGUUCGCAGUGGAUGUGAACUGCUCAAUCGACUCAUGAAAGACAUUGUUAGUGAAUUUCCUCAGUUUGAUUUGAAAUCUUUCAUCCCAUUGUUGAGGGAACGAUUACUUUCUAACAAUCCAUAUUCCAGGCAGUUCAUUGUUUCAUGGAUUAAAACUCUUGAUGAAAUUCCAGAAUUAGAUGUUGUAUUGUAUUUGUCAGAAUUAUUGGACGGUCUUUUUCAAAUUCUUGGAGAUAACAGCCAAGAAAUAAAAAAUAUGUGUGAAUCUUGUUUGGGAGAAUUUCUUCACAGCAUUACUGUUUCUAAAAGAAAAUUAGACUACGAUGCAAUAAUAAACAUUUUAAAUUUCCAUAUCCAGUCAACAGAUAAGUUGAUCCAAUGCACGGCGUUCACGUGGCUGCAUGAGAUAUUGCCACUGCCGACCAUAUCUCUCCUCCCUCACAUUGCGGGCAUAUUGACAGCCACACUGCCCUGUCUAUCUUGCAAUGAAGGAUCGCCAGAUAUUCGAAACAAGGCACGUCUUAUAAAUUCUUAUCUUUUGGACUAUAUAACUUCAGAAAAAUCACUUCCAAAUGGUAAUCAGUUUUUUAAACUUUUAAACGAUGCAGGCGAAACGUCAGCCAACAGGUUGGUGAAGUGUGUCUUACACGUAAAUGAUCUUUUGAUAUUUCACAGUAAUUCUCAAUUGGAUCUACCAUCAAUUUUAAAAGUUCUUACCGAACAAAUGUUCCAUCCGUCAAAUAGCACCAGGCUUGCCAGCAUAUCAUGGGUGAAACAUCUGCUGAAAUAUGUUCCUCAAAAGAUGAUCAUUUAUUAUGAAGAGUUGCUGGACUCUUUGCUUAAAUCGUUAUCAGAUGAAUCUGAUGAAGUAAAUGAUUCAAAUUUAUUUUUCGAGCUAUGUUCAACAGUUUUUAACACCAUUAACUUAGUGCAUGCUACUUUGUAUAUUUGGUUUAUUGUUGUCAAUCUAAAGGCAUUAAUUUUCAAGGUUGUCAUACAGACAUUAGAAUUGAUCACUGCCUUCUCAUCUAGAGGGAUGCAGUUGCGUGCUACUGAUCGCAAAUUAUAUGAAAACCUAAACGAAUAUUUCAACAUUUUCAUGGAACACCUCAUCAAAUUGUUCAAGGGGAAUAGGCAACUGUUGAACUGUAGAGGACCUUUUAUAAUAAAGCGUCUCUGUUUAAUGUUAAAUGCUAAGAACGUGUACUGUUGUGCAUCUGACAUUAUGCACGUAGAAGACGACGUUUUCUUUGUGUCUGAAUUGGUUCAAACUUUUAACUACAUUCUGCUAACGUCUGCAGAACUUUUCCAGCUGAGAAAUCAGUUGAAACAUCUUGAUUCUAAGGAGAAUUGUGAUCUGUUUUGUUGUCUCUACAAAUCUUGGUGCCACAAUCCUGUGGCUACCAUAGCGCUCUGUCUGUUGAGCCAAAAUUAUAAACAUGCGCUCAACCUCCUGACUGUUAUGAGUGAGAUAGAAAUUACUGUGGAACAUUUGGUAGAAAUUGACCAGUUAAUUCAACUCAUUGAAUCACCAAUAUUUUCUUAUUUACGACUUCAACUGUUAGACAAUAAAAAUGAUUAUCUCAUAAAAAGCUUGUACGGUCUUCUAAUGUUGUUACCCCAAAGUGAUGCUUUCUACGUUUUACAGCAUCGUCUGCAAUGCCUGCCUCAUCCUCCUCUCAAUACGUCGCCGUGA